GUGGACACCAGCAGCAGGUGACGAGAGGAGUGCAGCAGCAGAGCAGCCGCCACAACCAAUUCCUUACAGGGCACAGCCGGAACCAGCAUCAGCAGCAGCUGGUGCCCAACGAACGCCCACGCCCUCCCGCUGCUCCCCCUCCCGAGCAGCAGCACCAAUGCAGCUGCUGUGGAGAGAAAGGUCAUGUACAUCAGUAUUGCAAGUUCAACCUCGCCCGCGGACCGUUUCAGCAGCGGAGGAACGGUGGCUUUGGCGGCGGGUCUGUGUUCCAGCAGCAGCAGCAGCAACAGCAGCAGAAGCCAGGCGUGGUGUAUGGCAGCACUGGUGGAUUUCAGCAGCAGCCGCAGCAACAACAGCUGGCGGCCGGCUCCACCCGUGGUGUGGUUGGACAGGUGAGUGGUGGGGUGUUUGUUGGCGAGAAGGGGGGGGGGGCUGCUGCCGGUUCGUUUGUGGCGUCUUUGCUGGUAAAAGCCCCCGCCAACGUAUCUUCUCCCAACGCAGUUACGCACCCGCCACUUGUUCUCCCCCGCGACCCACGACAUCACGUGUAGCAUCUGCAGUAGCGCGGAAACGCGCAGAACUGGAUCUCAUGGAGGCCGGCCAGCAGCCAGCAGCCUCACUUGUGCCAUCACCCACAGCAAACCAUGCCGAUGAGAUCCGUCCUGCUGCCCCAUCUUCAACUGUUGGGAUUUGUGGAACGGCAUCCGCACCGGCGGUCGCAACGGCGGUUUCGGCCAGAGCUGCGGCGGCAGGAGUACCGCCACAUGGAGCGUCAACGGCAGUGGCUGCGACGGAAACGGCGGCGGUGGGGACAGCAGAAGCAGCGGCGUCCCCGGUUGCCGCGUUGACGCCGGGCAGUCGAGAUACGUGCGCCGACAGCGGCGGCCUGACCUGCAGCAGCGGUGGAGACGACGGCAUCUACGGUUUCGAGAGGGGCGCGUCGUACCCUUUUGACCCGGGAGGAUUAUUUGCGCAGGAGGUGCGCGAGGAGGGAGAUCACAUCAGCGGUGGUAAGGAGGACCGGAGCAGCGGUGGCCGCAGCAGCAGCAGCGGCGACAGCGGAGAUGGCGCGGCCUGGCAUGGAGCGUCAACGCAUCCCUUUGACAGAGGGAAGCGGUUCCCGUGGAGGAGAGCGACCAGGGGGCCCGUGCUGGGAGCGGACCUCCCGUUCGAUCGAGGUAAAGAUGCAUGGGCACAUGCCGGGGGGUGAUGCUCGCACCAAGCGGCACCAGCGGGAGCGGCGCCAACGGCAACGGCAGCAGUUUGAGCGGGGAUAGGAGGGCGCGCGAGCGGGGGGAGAGUUUACCCUUGGCUGUUUCCCCCCCGCCCAACCCUCCCGUGCCUUCCACAGCGCCACACCCGCAGCGAGCCCCGGCGACGCACGCGCAAGCUAAUGUGGGGCUGGCACAGCGCCAUUUGGGGAGCAGCCGAGAAGCGGGAGAUGGAUGGUCUGGUUGGGGCGGGCACGUUCGAGCCGGCAGGAGGGCUCUAGCAACGAGGAACGAACGUCAUCUCUGCCAAAUGGGUCUACACGUGGAAACCUGAUGGAUUCGGUGAUGUUUUGCGUGCAAAGGCUCGGCUUGUCGCUAGGGGUUUCGUUCAGCGUGAAGGUAUUGACUAUUUUGAGACUUUUAUCCCGUGCCCUACCCAUCCGAGUAUUCGCCUCUUGUCUGCUAUCGCGUGUGAAAUGGGUUGCGACAUGUGCCACUUUGAUGCUGAUCGAGCGUUUGUGCAAUCGAAGUUAGGUGAGAUCCUGUACGUGCGUCUGCCGCAGGGUUGUGGGCCCCUUUCGGAUAAGACUGUGAGACUUGCCCGUAGUCUUUAUGGCGUGAAGCAGGCGUCACGCACGUGGCACCACCACCUUGUUCGGGGCAUGACAUCUCUUGAGUUUGACCAAUGUGCUGCUGAUGCGUGUGUCAUGCGUUUGAUCGAGGAUGGUGUGCUUUCCAUCAUAGUUGUGGUGCAUGUGGAUGACAUCUUUUCCAUCGGGCGGAAGAGUCGGUGGGACAGGUUUGGCCGAGACUUGAACGCCUACGUUCCCAUCACCAACCUCGGAGCGUUGCGCUUGUGUGCGGGAGUUCGUUUUUCACGCGAUUGGGAUGCUGGUACGCUUACAUUGUCGCAAGAAACUUUUGCUGUCAACUUGUUUGGUGUCACGCGCAUCAAGGAGACCCCGAUGCCUGUUGGAGUGAAGCUUGACGAUUUUUCUGCUGACGAACCUGAUGUUGUUGAGCCUUUUCGUUCUUUGGUAUUCCCAUGCACCGAAGAGCAUACACUGGCAGGCUGCGUUGCACAUUGCGAUGUACAUUAGAUUCGCGAGUACUCUUGGUAUUACAUUUCAGCGGGGUUCAAGGGAGGGUAUCGAUUUGCGCUUGUAUGUUGACUCCGACUAUGCCAGCCGGGCCACUGACCGGCGGUCGGUCUCGGGAGCAGUUGUGAUGUGCGGCGGUGCAUGUGUUUCGUUUUUGUCUACGACGCAGAAAAGUGUGACCCUGUCGUCGACGGAAGCAGAGUAUGUUGCGAUGGCUGACGGAAUGAAGGAGGCGAUUUUCUUGCGGUAUAUUUGGGGUUUUAUUUUUCCGGGUCGCGAUGUCGGGUGCACGCUGCUGUUCGAGGAUAACGAGGGGGCUCUUCACCUUGCGGUCAACCCCGCCACCACAUCGAGUUUAAGAUUGUGCAUGUGCCCACGACUUUUCCGCAUGCGGACUUCCUCACGAAACCGUUGCACAAGAGCGCGUUUUGCUUCCACCGUGAUUUUGUGAUGAAUAUUCAGGAAGCAUUUUUUUUCUGUGGACGCGUUUCCUAAGCUGUGUUUUGCGUCGAGAAUUAGGGGGGGAUGGCAUGUGUUGUCAUGGUUCCAAUGAUUCCAGACGCAACACUAGCGAAUGCGUAUAUGUUUUUCUUGUGUUUGCAGGGCGCGUUUCAGCUGGGGAGCUGUCUCAUACACUUUGAUGUUUUGAGAUCUUCUGGUGGUUGAAUAGGAGGGGAAGAAAACGCAGGCAGAUCUGUAUGUAUGUCUCGGGGAAAUGUUCCUGCUGGGGGGCUGUUGCGUAUUGAUAUUGGUACUGAGAGAAGGGUGGCACAAAAUUUGCAUGUUUCGGGAAAUGUUGCGGCAGGGGAGCUGUUUGCAUGGAUAGUUGCUUAUAUCUCUAUCGUCUCUUGGACAACAGCUGAGGCACUGAUAGCACGUACGCGCUGUUUAGGAUUUGGUCCUUGGACGCUAUAUUGGAGGAAGGGUUUGACAUGUUUUGACGAAUAAUGGUUGGGGCCUUUGUGCUUUCCGAAUGCUUGUUUCAAUUGGUCGAGAAGUUGAAACUUUGUGUUGUUUGAAGAUGUUGUGUCAACUCAUUUAAAGCUGUUUUUCUAGAUUUGUCCGUCACCGUUCUGACGCUUGUCUGAUGUAGCGCAGAUAUUUGUUGGGGACUCUUCUGAGGAUGAUUCUUUUGUUUUGACGGUUUGAGAAUACAUUGGGUUCAUGG